AUGUCUCCCAUCGACAAGAAGAUGGCCGCCCUCCAGACCGUGGACCUCGAUGGCCACGAUCUCCCUCCCAGCCCGGCCAUGAGCAGCCCUGCGAAUGGCAGGAAGUAUGCGCUGGCGACGGAGCUUGUCUACACGGACAAUGGCGACCAGUACAAUGCGUCUAGCAUGCCCAUCUACCAGACGGCGACUUUCAAGCAAGGCUCCGGCAGCGGCGGCGGGGACUACGACUACACGCGCUCCGGCAACCCGACCCGCACACACCUCGAGAGGCACCUUGCCAAGAUCAUGAACGCUAACCGGGCACUCGUCGUCUCGUCCGGUAUGGGAGCGUUAGAUGUCAUUUCCCGCCUCCUUCGGCCAGGCGACGAGGUUGUCACCGGCGACGACCUGUACGGCGGCACUAACCGCCUGCUCAAGUACCUGUCUACCAACGGCGGCAUCAUUGUCCACCACGUUGAUACCACGGACCCGGAGGCGGUCAAGAAGGUCCUCACCGAGAAGACGGCCAUGGUUCUGCUCGAGACGCCCACCAACCCGCUCAUCAAGAUCGUCGACAUCCCCACCAUUGCCAGUGCGGCACACGCUGUCAACCCCGCGGCCGUCGUCGCCGUGGACAACACGAUGAUGUCGCCGAUGCUGAUGAACCCGCUGGACCUGGGCGCGGACGUCGUCUACGAGUCGGGCACCAAGUACCUCUCUGGGCACCACGACCUGAUGGCGGGCGUGAUCGCUGUCAACGAUGCCGCGCUGGGCGACAAGCUGUUCUUCACGAUCAACGCCUCGGGUUGCGGCCUCAGCCCCUUCGACAGCUGGCUGCUGAUGCGCGGCAUCAAGACGCUCGGCGUGCGCAUGGAGAAGCAGCAGGGCAACGCGCAGCGCAUCGCCGACUUCCUGCAGCACGAGGCCGGUUUCCGCGUCCGCUACCCGGGCCUCAAGAGCCACCCGCAGUACGACCUGCACUGGAGCAUGGCGCGGGGCGCGGGUGCGGUGCUCUCGUUCGAAACGGGCGACGUCGACGUCAGCGAGCGCAUUGUCGAGAGCGCGCGCCUCUGGGCCAUCAGCGUGUCCUUUGGCUGUGUCAACAGCUUGAUCUCGAUGCCUUGCCGCAUGAGCCAUGCGUCGAUUGACGCGAAGACGCGCCGGGAGCGCAACAUGCCGGAGGACAUAAUCCGGCUGUGCGUGGGCAUUGAAGACGCAGACGACUUGAUUGACGAUCUGCGGAGGGCGCUCGUCCAGGCCGGUGCGGUCAAGGUCACGCUUAACGGCAUCCAGGCGAAUGAGGCGGCCGAGGCGCCUAGGAACGAUGACGUUGCUUCCGGCCAGCAGGUCGCGGCCGACGGUAUUGUGGAGCCGGAGGCGGCGGGCACGGCGCCCGAGGCGGAGUAG